AUGGCUGCAAUAAGUCCUAUAGAAAUCAGUUCAUCUGAUAGCGAUUUCAAUUUUACUGACAAUGAGGAUGAAAUAUCGCCACUAAGGGACUCUGCUAAUACCAGGACGCUUCCGCAUUGGGCAACUGCAGAUGCCACAAACUCAAGACACACAGGUUAUGGUGGGCAGACACAAAAAGUUCCCUCUCCCAAAAGAGCAUAUGCUUCAAAUGGGAGUUCAUCAAAUGUAAAUGACUUUUCAUGGAUGAAGAUUCACGGUCAACCUAGCAAUGGUGCCAACAUUAGAGACACAAGUUGGCCUGUUGCUCGAGGAGAUGGUACUCGGCAUUUUAUAGGGAGUGGGAAUGCGGGUCAGCCUCGCUCAGUUAAUUCUCGAAUUGCCAAUGUUUCUGGUGCAGAUUAUGAGAAGCUUUCAUCCCAACAGGCUUUAAAGAGGACCCUUCCGUCAUCUCUUCAGCCAUCUGAACCUAGUAAUAAAUCAAACAACAUAAUAGAGAAUGCCAGUAGCAGUGGGUCUCGUGAUAUCUAUGGAAAUGCUUAUCAUCUUGCAGGACCAAGUGUAACUAGUAGCAGGGGUUAUGCAAGAGACAUUUACAGCAAGCGCAAUAAUGAUGAUAUUAUGAUGUAUGAAAAUAACGGAAGCAGGGUCCUACCUCCAUCUUUUAUGCAUGGAAAAUCUUCUGCACAAUUUCCUGGUCCAAGUGAACCUGUGUACCACUCCAUGGUUGGGGAAGAAAACAUUGCUGGAACUGAUGAGAGACUGGUUUAUCAAGCAGCACUGGAGGAUCUUAACCAACCCAAAGUUGAAGCUAAUCUACCUGAUGGUCUUAUGUCUGUGCCUCUUCUCAGACACCAGAAAAUUGCUUUGGCAUGGAUGCUUCAGAAGGAAACAAGAAGUUUGCAUUGUUUAGGUGGAAUUUUAGCUGAUGAUCAGGGCCUUGGUAAAACAAUCUCAAUGAUUGCCCUUGUACAAAUGCAAAAGUAUUUGGAGACAAAAUCAAAGUCUGAAGACCAGCGCAAUCACAAAACUGAAGCAUUGAAUUUGGAUGACGAUGAUGAUAAUGGAACUCCUGUCUUGGAUAAAGACAAGCAGACUGGAGACUCAGCUGAUAUUAAAUCUACUUCAGAAGUUGGUUCUUCUACAAAGGCAAUCAGUAGACGGAGACCAGCGGCAGGUACACUGGUGGUGUGUCCGGCAAGUGUUCUUCGACAAUGGGCCAGGGAGCUGGAUGAUAAAGUUGCUGAUGGAGCCAAACUCUCUGUCCUGGUCUAUCAUGGUGGCAAUCGUACAAGGAGUCCUGAUGCAUUGGCUACGCAUGAUGUGGUUUUGACUACAUAUGCAAUUGUAACUAAUGAAGUUCCAAAACAGCCUUUAGUCGAUGAGGAUGAGGCUGAUGAUAAAAGUGGGGAAAAGUAUGGAUUAUCUUCGGAAUUUUCAAAUAAUAAGAAGAGGAAGAAUACUUCUAAAGUGAGUAAGAAAAGAGGCAGAAAGGGAAUGGAUAGUUCCUCUAUUGAUUGUGACUAUGGUCCACUUGCUAGAGUGGGUUGGUUUAGGGUGAUACUAGAUGAAGCUCAAACGAUAAAAAAUCACCGAACUCAAGUGGCUCGGGCCUGCUGCAGCCUUCGUGCCAAAAGAAGGUGGUGCUUAUCUGGAACACCAAUACAAAAUGCAAUUGAUGAUCUAUAUAGCUACUUCAGAUUCCUCAGAUAUGACCCUUAUGCUGUUUACAAAUCAUUUUACAAUACCAUAAAAGUUCCUAUAUCCAGAAACUCACUCCAUGGUUACAAGAAGCUGCAGGCAGUUCUAAGGGCUAUAAUGCUGCGUCGUACAAAAGCAACAUUGAUUGAUGGGCAGCCUAUAAUUAAACUGCCACCAAAAUCAAUCUGCUUGUCGAAGGUAGACUUCUCAAAUGAGGAGCGGGCUUUCUAUACUCGGCUAGAAGCAGAUUCUCGUUCUAAAUUCAAGGCUUAUGCUGCUGCUGGCACAGUGAACCAAAAUUAUGCAAAUAUACUUUUGAUGCUUUUGCGACUUCGCCAGGCUUGUGACCAUCCACUUCUUGUUAAAGGUUUUAAUUCUGAAUCUGUUGAAAAAGAUUCCAUUGAAAUGGCAAAUCAACUUCCUUGGGAGAUGGUGGCGGAUCUAUUGAAUCGCUUGCCCUCUGCCCUCUGCCGUGUAUGCAAUGAUCCACCUGAGGACUCUGUUGUUACCAUAUGUGGUCAUGUUUUCUGCCAUCAGUGUGUAUCAGAAUACUUGACAGGAGAUGAUAAUACAUGCCCCGCUUCUGACUGUAAAGAACAACUUGGUUCUGAUGUUGUUUUCUCUGAAGCCACUCUUAGAAGAAGAAUCUCUGACAACUUUGACGCUAGUUCCUCACAAUCCAAAUUUGAUGAUAAGUCAAUAGUCCUUCAGCAUGAGUAUUGUUCCUCCAAAAUCAAAGCUGUUCUUGAGGUCAUUCAGUCACAUUGUAAGGCAGGGAGUCCAAUUUCAGGGUUUAAUGGUUCUACAGGAUGCAGUGAAACAUCAAUGGCAUAUCCAAAAUUGUCAACUGAAGGACCAAUAAAAGCAAUUGUUUUCUCACAGUGGACUAGCAUGUUGGAUUUGGUCGAGUUUUCAUUGAAUCAGCAUUGUAUCCAGUAUAGGAGGCUUGAUGGUACAAUGACUCUAAGUUCAAGAGACAGGGGUGUUAAAGAUUUCAACACUGAUCCCGAGGUAACUGUGAUGCUAAUGUCCCUGAAGGCAGGAAACCUGGGUUUGAAUAUGGUGGCUGCAUGCCAUGUCAUCCUUCUGGAUCUUUGGUGGAAUCCAACCACUGAGGAUCAGGCUAUCGAUCGAGCCCAUAGGAUUGGACAGACUCGUCCUGUUACAGUAACACGACUUACCGUAAAAGACACCGUUGAAGAUAGAAUAUUAGCUCUUCAGGAUGAAAAGAGAAAAAUGGUUGCAUCUGCAUUUGGCGAAGAUCAAAGUGGGGGUUCAGCGACUCGUCUUACGGUGGAAGAUCUCAAAUAUCUAUUUAUGGUCUAG